GAGCUGGAGCUAAAUGUCACAUUAUCAGCUCCAAACUUGAAAUUGCCCCGAAGUACUACGUUAAUGUUUAAAAGGUGCCAUUUAAGAAUAUCUUGAUUUUCAUAUUUAAUUGUCUUAAUUUGACAUUAUCCUUAGGGUUGCAUGGUCUUUACUACCGGACUUGCCCCUUAGAGGAUGUAGAAUCUACCCUGCCUUUGUCUUUGAAAGCAUGAGCCGCACAGCCUACACUGUGGGAGCCCUGCUUCUCCUCUUGGGGACCCUGCUGCCAGCUGCCGAGGGAAAAAAGAAGGGGUCCCAAGGGGCUAUCCCCCCACCAGACAAGGCCCAGCACAAUGACUCGGAGCAGACUCAGUCUCCCCAGCAGCCUGGCUCCAGGAACCGGGGGCGGGGCCAGGGGCGGGGCACCGCCAUGCCCGGAGAGGAGGUGCUGGAGUCCAGCCAGGAGGCCCUGCAUGUGACCGAGCGCAAAUACCUGAAGCGAGACUGGUGCAAAACCCAGCCGCUGAAGCAGACGAUCCACGAGGAGGGCUGCAACAGCCGCACCAUCAUCAACCGCUUCUGCUAUGGCCAGUGCAACUCCUUCUACAUCCCCAGGCACAUCCGGAAGGAGGAGGGCUCCUUUCAGUCCUGCUCCUUUUGCAAGCCCAAGAAAUUCACCACCAUGAUGGUCACGCUCAACUGUCCCGAACUCCAGCCGCCCACCAAGAAGAAGAGGGUCACGCGUGUCAAGCAGUGUCGUUGCAUAUCCAUCGAUUUGGAUUAAAGCCAGGCACACCCAGACUGUCCUUGGGAUGCAGGCCUCAGGCGGGCCCAGAGACAGACCUCAAUCAACUUGAUUCUUACUUGGCUUAAACCUAGAGGCAAGAAGGACCACCAGCUGCCUCCUCCCAGGAGCCUGCUAGUGUGUAGUUUGUGUGCAUGAGUGUUCGUGGGUGCCUGUGGGUGUUUACAGACACCAGAGGAAACACAGUCUCUGCUAGAGGGCACUUCCUAGUAUGCAAAUGUAUCUGCUUCCUUGCGGGAUGACACAGAAAACCCAAGCUACUACCCCAGGCACUUUGGGGGGAGGGGGCGGUGGGCAGGCUGUAGUCUGGGUCUGCCUCGGUCUUCCAUGUGCCCUCCUGGGGACCAGAUCCUCCUUUCCAAAUGGAUAUUAAUGGAGAGGCUUCUCCGAGGGCACGAGACCUGUUUUGUGCUGCCUUGGCCUUGGAAAAGAUGUUUUACCCUGUGCUUCCUUCCUUCCUCUUCCCUCUCCCAGGCCAUCCCCUCUUAGGAUCUCAGUGACUACUUCCGUCCACCACCUUCCCUGUCAAGGAUUCUAAAGCAACUUGCUUGACCAUAGAUGCAAAUGUUUCCUAUUUGGGGAAGACCUUUGAGGCUCUAGGGGAAGUUGAUGGUGCAAGGGCAAGAAGGAUAGAGGGUUGAGAGAAGGGAGAGAUUGCAGGUGAGGACCAGUUGGUCCAGCAAAAUUCAAGCAGGAGAUGGGCAGGGUGUGGAAAGGCCAGCCUCCAAACACAGUGAGACUCUUGCUUUAGCAAAUUUCCCCCUGAUGUUUAAAGAAGAGAAAUAGAAUUGCCAAAAAAUCAUUAACUUUGGCAGUCACUGUGACCGUAGAAAUUAGCUGUAACUCAAUACCAAACUUAAAGCAUAAAUAUUGACCACUCCUAUUUUCAGAACCAAGUGAGUGAAACCAAAACAGCCCCUCCUGCUUUGCCCCUCAGAUGGACAAAAGAUGUAAUUCAGAAACUCCUACACAGGAAUAGGAAAAAGACAAAAACCUCAUAAGCAGAAGGUCUUAUUAUCUGUCCUUUUGGCUGGGUUAUCAUCACCCUUUCCUCAGUUCAUUGUUUCUGUGUGGUGCUUCUGAGAACCACAACCCUGUAGGAUAAAGAUGCUGUCUCUGCUGAGUGAGUGUAUGUGGCAGUGAAGGACCCGGCUGAGAUAAAAGAAUUUAGGGCCUGCUCCUUUCCACUCAUUUGGGGUCUGUUUUAGCCAUCGUUAGGAGAUUGAACUGGAGAGCAGAGCAGAGUAAGGCAAGGAAGGCAAUUGCUUCUGGCUAAGGAGUAGUUAAAAGGCAGGGAGGAGAUGUAAGGGUAUGACCUGUGUUUCUUCCUUCACCCUCUGAGGGUCUAAGGGAAACCCCAGUUAAGAAAUCAGAGCAUUUGUGUGCAUUCGCUGUCCUACUGCUGGUAGGAUUUAUAUAACAUUAUAGCCACUUGGAACCUACCGGUAGUUGCUGUUCUCUGAUUAAACUUGGGUUAUUUGCAAUGCCUAUUUAGGAUUUAUCUAAUGGCCAAAGUGCAGGGUGGGGAAACCUUCCUGCAUUUUGGAUUUGGCCAACCUGCUUUCUUCAAGCCUGAGGUUUUAUAUGUAAACCACCCCACCCCCAUACUCUUUUUGCCUUGCAUCUUCUCAGUCUCACCAGCCAAGUCAUGUGUAACAUGGGAAACAAACACCAUGGACUUGCAUUUAGGUUGCCCAUGAAGGCUCUAGCGUUCAAAGAAUCAUUGCAACUAAAGAGGCCGCUUUUAUUUUAUUUUUGUUUUGGUCCAGUGCUCUCCCCACUAACAACUAAAUAGGAACCAUACUUUGAAGCAGAAAGUCAUCUUGUACACCCAAAAUAUUGAGUCUAAUUUUAAAACGUUGAAACUCACUACUGAUGAUUCUACACUAGGAGAAUUUGUGCUAACACAUAGUCUGUGCAUUUCACAUACACUGUAGUCCCUGCCCUAAAUCCUUCUAUCGUCCACAUCCUCCAACAAUAAAGCACAGAAUGGAUUUAAUUAAGCAUGCAAAUACUAAGCUAGCAUUUUGAGGGUGGGAGAGAAGAAAAGAAAGGAGAAGGAGCUGAAAAUAUACAACCACACUAGAGAGGAAAAUGACAUUCAGAACCAGCAGACACCAAAUCUCUUUUGCUGUUUUAACUGCCACAAGCUUGCAAUUUUGUUAAAAAGAGAUGACUUAAGUUGGCAGCAGGAAUCUUCUUUUAGUAGCUUGUACCACAGUUUUGCAUGUAAGUUGGAUUUGGCUUAAGUGAAGAGAAUUUGCUCAAAAUGAACUUCACUGGGAUAAUAAGCAACAUAACUGCCCUAGAAGCACAGCACUACCCAAAGAAGGAGAUGUCUGCUUUUCUUUUUGUGCCUAUAUUAAAACUAGCCCAAGUCCCACGCAUCUUCCAACAUUUAUUGAAAGUGCCAUAUCUGUUAAUAUUGUAUUGGAGUCACUGAUGAUGUAAUGAUAUGUUUUUUUCAUUACUAUAGUAGAAUUUUUAUGGCAAGAUAUUUGUGAUCUAGAUCUUUCCUAUUAAAAUAAUGCCAAACACCAAAUAUGAAUUUUAUGAUGUACACUUUGUGCUUGGCAUUAAAAGAGAAAAAACACACAUCCUGCGUCUGUAAGUUGUUUUUUGUUAUUGUAGUUCUGCAAAGUUAAAAAUGUAAGCGAAUAAUCUGGAGGAAAGGAUAAUUUCCACUGUGUGGAAUGUGAAUAGUUAAACAAAAAGUUAUGGUUAUUUAAUGUAAUUAUUAACUCAAAUCCUUUGGUCACUGUGAUUUCAAGCAUUUUUUUUUUUUUUCUCCUUUAUAUAACUUCCUCUGAGUUGAGCAAAGAAGAAGCUGGCACAUUGUAUGUUGUUGGAGGUUUUUAUCAGGUCAGAGGGAAACAAUAAAAUCUUGACACAUCUGAACGUGCUUAUAGAGUCAAGACCUGAGCUUUUAUUUUUAUAAUUGAAUGUUCCUUAAAGGUUAACAUUUCUGAGGCAUCCUAAGAGAGAUCUUAAAUGUUAUUUUGGAAGAAUUAAAUGUGCAUAUACUAAUAGCAAAUAAUAAUGAAUUGUCCACAAGUCCUUUUAUGGAGAAAAUCUAAAAUAAAAAAAUGUAUGUACAGAACAUUUAUAAAUGACAAGUUAAUGCUAAAGAGUGAAAGUAGUUCUACUGAUUUGUCAUUCUCAAUAUAUUUAAUAUCAACUGCAUUAUGUAUUAUGUCUGCUUUAAUCAUUUGAAAAACAGAAUUAUGAAGACUAUGAUCAAGGUCCUUUGCUCUCUAUGAGGAUAAGGGGGGAUUUGGUAGUCUCAUAAAAGCUAAUUUGGUUGAAAGCAAAGUUUUAUGAAUCUAUAACUAGAAUUUAACUUCACCCCAAUAAUGUUCUAUAUAACCUUUCCCAAAGAACAACCAAUAAAUUGAACUUCUUCUCUGUU